AUGGAUCUCUUUGAUACAGCAUCUGAACUAGAAUCUCGUCUGAAUCUAUUAAACUCACUCUAUGCCCUCCUACCAGAAGACACUGACAGCCUUGACAGACUAACAAAAAGGAGAUCCCUAUUUCGUUUUGGAAAACGCCGCUCUUUGUUCCAUUUUGGUAAACGUGGAAGCAUUUUAAGAUUCGGUAAACAUCCGGCAACAUAUGAUUUUGGUGAAUAUGAUAGCGAAUUUAACCCGUCAGAACUUUAUGCUUUAAACGAGGAUCCAAGAGCCGACAGCUUACCUCUUUCAGACAAGAGAAGUUCUCUCUUCCGGUUCGGUAAAAAGUCAAGAGACACGAGCUCUUUAUAUGAAAGGGACGCUGCACGUGAAAAGAAGCCACACACGCCCUGGAGAUUUGAUAAGACAACUAAUGGACAUUACCUUGGGUAA